AUGAGCCAUCAGCCAGGCGAAGACGAGAUACAGCAACAAUUUGAAAGGUUGAGUAUAAACAAAUAUGCUGGCACCAGGAGUCGUGCAGCUUCGUCCGCUUCUUCAACGUCAACGGGUUCAGGUUCCACAUCAUCCACAGUCCAACCACCUGUUUCGUCCCCACCUGCAGCACCUAUAUCGUCAGUUCAUACACCACUAAAUAGUGACAUACAGGCAAGGUUAUUGGCAUUUCAACAAAAGCGGUCGAAACCGGCUUCCGAACCAGUGAAUGUUUAUAAGCAAAAUAAUGCCACGGCACCCAGCGUGACAACUGCAGCUCUCCAACAAUCGUCACUUGCACCUCCUGUACCUCCCCCUCAUGCCACGGAGUUUAAGAGUGAUUCGAAAUUGGAAACCAUAGCUCACGUGGAGGAAGAUAUCCAACCUGACACAAUCGGUAAAAAACAAGUAGAGUCCUUAUCGUCAGCCUUCAACACCGUUGCCCCGUCAUCAGACACAACAAAGAACACAAUAAACUCGGUAGAUGCCAAUUCUCAACAUGCAAAUGCACCGGAUAGGAAUCAACCCAUGGCAAACCGAUUUACACAAGCACAAGCACAAGAGCAAGAGCAAGGGCAAGGGCAAGGGCAAGGGCAAGGGCAAGGGCAAGGGCAAGGGCAAGGGCAAGGGCAAGGGCAAGAGCAAACAAGAAGCCCCAACCAGAACCAACUCCUGUCUCCAACAUUUAAAUCACAGAUGAGCAUGCAAAAGAAACCGUCGUUAUCCCAAAGAAGAGGAAUGAAAUUGAAUACUAGCGCGUUUCCUUUUGGUAGUCCACCUAUCUCAUCAGAAUCACCACUGUCUGCCACAAUGUCCCCAACAUCAUUAGAUGCAACACUUAAUCUCAAUACCGGCACAGUUAGAACACCAGAGCGCGAGGAACCGCCAGCAAGCUCUAUCGGGGUGACGUCGAAUUCGACUGCGUCUAAUACUGCUACAGCGUCAAAUGUCAACUCCACUACUGCACAAACUUCAACCACUUCAACUCCAUUUGCAACCACGAUGAGUUCUAAAUUGGGCACGCCGAACGAGCUAUCGAGACGAUUAUCUGAGCGAAAGAAGAAACCAAACUUCAAGCUUAACUUGGAUUCACCAGGAAGCAACAUCCCUUCAAGAAGUAGUAGCUUAGGUAAGUCAAAUUCUUCAGGGCCCUCCAGUGACAACAGUCCCCAACAGCAAGACAAAGAGCCCCAGUUACAAGGUUUAUUUGCCAACUAUUCGAAGUAUAUAGACAUCAAAUCAGGACAAUUGAACUUUGCAGGUAAGGCCUCAUUACAUUCCAAAGGAAUCGACUUUUCAUCGGGUUCAUCUUUCCACAUUUCACUAGAUGAGUUUGAAUACUUGGAAGAAUUGGGUCGAGGAAAUUAUGGCUCGGUAUCGAAAGUGUUGCACAAGCCUACUGGUGUUUUAAUGGCAAUGAAGGAAGUGAGGCUAGAGUUGGAUGAAACUAAAUUCACGCAGAUUUUGAUGGAGUUGGAUAUUUUACACAAAUGUGACUCGCCAUUUAUUGUUGAUUUCUAUGGUGCAUUUUUUGUUGAAGGUGCCGUUUACAUGUGUAUUGAGUAUAUGGAUGGGGGAUCACUUGAUAGGAUAUUUGGUAGUGAUAUCGGUGUCGAAAAUGAGAGUGAAUUGGCAUACAUCACCGAGUCGGUUAUUCGUGGAUUAAAGGAACUUAAGGAUAAGCACAACAUUAUCCACCGUGAUGUCAAACCAACAAAUAUUUUGGUCAAUUCUCAGGGCAGAGUGAAACUAUGUGAUUUCGGUGUAUCGGGUAAUUUAGUUGCCUCCAUGGCAAAGACUAAUAUCGGAUGUCAAUCAUACAUGGCCCCUGAAAGAAUCAAGAGCUUAAAACCAGACGAAGCCACCUAUUCUGUCCAAUCCGACGUAUGGUCAUUGGGAUUGACUAUAUUGGAAUUGGCUGUUGGCCAUUACCCAUAUCCAGCCGAGACUUAUGAUAAUAUCUUUUCCCAAUUGAGUGCAAUAGUCGAUGGUGAACCUCCCAAGUUGGACUCUUCAAAGUACUCAAAAGAAGCACAAUACUUUGUCAAAUCCUGUUUGAAUAAAAACCCCGAUUUAAGGCCUUCUUAUGCUGCAUUAUUACAACAUCCAUGGUUGGUCAAAUAUAGAGACCGGCCGCAACACUUGGAUAAAACAGUUCAAGCAAGGAUGAACCAAUUGGAUAGUGGGGACGCUGUUGUGUCUGCCACUCCCGGCGGCACAACACCCACGUCGUCUGUGGGUAAACUGAAGCCUCCAGCGGCUGCAGCGGCAAUUCCACAGAGGGCAAACAAUGCCGAAUCUGUUCAUUCGUUGUUGAAGAACAAAGUCCGUGCACCUGCUUUGCAUAGAGGUGGAUUACCUCAAGUUAAUAACAAGAAUUUCCUACAUAAUUUGAAUAGCCAAAACAAUGGUAGUAAGUAA